AUGGGAAGCUUCGUAUUCAGAUGGCCCCAUCCUGAGGCCAAUGAUGUCCACGUCACAGGGACCUUCGAUGACUGGGGAAAGAGCGUCAAGUUGGACAAGGUCGGCGAGAUCUGGGAGAAAGAGGUGGACCUGCCCGUGGCCGACAAAAAGAUUUUCUAUAAGUUCGUUGUCAACGACCAGUGGAUCAUCGAUCCCGAGGCACCUCAGGAAGACGACGGCCGAGGGAAUGUCAACAAUGUGCUACUACCUGAGAAUAUCAAGCCCAAGGCGUCCAUGGUCCCAGAAGCUGUGACCACAUCCAGCGCGGCUCCUGAGAGCACCACCGCAGCCUUGGCUGGCCAGGUGCCCUUGGAGCCCAAGAAAGAGGCCACGGAAGUCACCCCUGUGUCUGACUCCCAACUCAACAAAGAGACAGCGGGAAGCGGUGUCCCGGGCACGUUCCCGGAGACACCAGCAAAGGAACCAGACUCGUUCGGCGUCAAUCCCUUGCCGCCCACUAGUGGCGCAGGCAAUCCCGUCGACCUUCCUGCAGGCGAAAAGGUUCCCCCACCCGGUGAAGUCACGACCAACACAACGCACUCUGCAGUGACCACGUCAAAAGAAGACUACGAAAAUGCAGGCUCGGGUAUUCCAAUUAUUGGAGGAGCGCUCGCCGCGCUAGGUCUCGGAGGCGCCGCAGCCAAAACGGAGAAUCUGAUCCCAGAAUCUUCUUUGCCUAUGGGAGCAGGCGCCGGAACUUCACUAGACGCAGGUCCUUUGCUCAGUUCAGCUGGAGCGUCGUCAACCACGGCUGAGUUGGCUGGCAAAGUACCUCUGGAAGAAAGCAAGCCGGCGACUGAGGUGGACCAUGCGCAAGCGAUCACAACCACGGUGCCUGAGGUGGUCAAGGAGUCAAUCGCAGAGGCACAUGUUGAUCCCGAGGCCACCACGUCUGCCGAAGUUGUCAAGGAGAAGGCGGAGGUAGAAGAGGAACUGGUGAAAAAAGUGCCCGAGGUUGAAGAAGCCGGGGAGCCAGCACCGACGAUUGCAGCUGCCACGACUGAGACCGCGCCGUCGGCCACUCCAGCUUCAACAGGCGGCCCUGUUCCUGGGACAUCCUCAGCUGCUGCAGCCGCGGUGGCUGACGGUGCCGACGGGACGGUUGAGCCCACAGAAGCUGUGCCACACAAGGUCGAGGCAGAGAAAACGGAGGGAGACACAACUGAAUAUGCGCCGCCACAUGCAGCAGGUGUAGCUCCUGGAGUGUCUGAGUCUGCGGCGGCGGCGGUCUCUGAUGGCGCCGAGGAUCCCACACUUGCCGACGAGCCUGCGGUGCAGUUGAUGAACAAGAAUGAGGCUGAAACGGCGGAACCUGCCGUGGCCGCGGCUGCGGGCACCACCGCCACCGAACCGGCCACAGUCACCGCACCCACGACGGCGGCACCAGAAUCCAAGAAGGAGGAAGCCAAGGCCGCAGCACCUGCAGCACCCACGAGCGCCACUUCAACGCCGACUAAGAAACCAGAAACUUCUCCGGCCACCACACCUUCGUCCUCAGCGACUAAGGAGAAGAAGAAGAAACACCGAGUAAGCUCAUUCUUCAAGAAGAUCUUUGACUAG